UAUGUAGUGCUCCCCGAGUAUAUACCCUAACUUAGCAUAUUGUCCGAGGUAUCAUGUGCGGAUAAUAUGUAAGGGUUCCCUCAUGGCCCCCGUCCGUCUUCGUUCUUAUAGAAUGGGGAGAGUCGACGCGCCUGGUGUCUGUGUCUUUUUCAGCUAUUAAAUUAGCGUGGCAUUCCUAGCUCGGCUUUCUUUUUUAUUUUAUUUUAAUUUCCUUUUUUUUCUCUGUUCCUUUUUGGUGGAGUUUUUAAGUACAUACCUCCUCGUAUGGCUUGCGCCUCACUCGCUUAUGUGGAUUGCUACUGCUACGCCUACAAUCCUUGCUCGCCAGCUAGCUACAUAUAGUGAUUCGAUUCCUUGGGAAGCACCGCCGGCUAGGUACCUAUCUGCAAUAAUUAUAAUAACAAAGAAAAGGAUCAGGUCUGUUCGAAAUUUGAAGGAUAUCUAUCGGGCAGGGUUGGUGAAGAAUAAUCGACGAUGCCGCGCGUCUUCGCUUUCGGGUCCGAUCCCUUCGACCCGACGCACCGCUUCGAAACAUCGUGGUUGAUACCGCCGUGGUUAUUAUUUACACUACGGGCUUCAUUUUCCCUCUAUGCCUUCACAACCCUCUUCUUCACCCUAGGCUAUCAAUGCGCCCACGCCGACAUAGGCGGGUGCUGGGAAGCGCGCGCCUCAUUCUCCUACUUCACCGUACUCACCUACUGGGGUCUAGCAUUCUACCUCCUCUUCUCCUCCAUCCACACACUCUCCUACAUCCUCUCCCCCACCUCCACGCCCCUCCUAAACACCUGGCCGCGCCCCCUCCAAGCCCUCCACGCCCUAUUCUACAGCACUGUGACCACAUACCCGUUCCUAGUAACAAUCGUAUACUGGGGUGUCCUCUACCCCUACGGUAGUUCCUGGUUCCCAACGCAGUACCUAGCAUGGGGCGCCAUAAGCGAACACGCCCUAAACUCAUUCUUCGCACUCUUCGAAAUCCUAAUCCCGCGGACUACCCCACAGCCCUGGAUCCACGCGCUAUGGUGUAUUAUCAUUCUCGCCCUAUACCUAGCCCUAGCCUACGUGACGAAAGCUUCCGAGGGCUUUUAUACGUAUGAUUUCUUGGACCCGGGGAAAACGGGGAAGUUGGUCGCCGCGUAUGUUUUCGGUAUCGGGGCUGCGGCGGUUAUUGUAUUUGGAAUCGUGUGGUGUGUUGUUUGGGCACGGAGGUGGAUUACGGAGGAGAAGUUGGGACGACGUGGUGUUUUUGCGAAGGGGAAGGCGAGGGUGGGGGAUAUGGAGGCGCAUGAGUUGGGUGGUUUAGGUAGGUUUGCGAAUAAGUGAUUUAUAUUGCGUGAGCUACCUAGGUAUGCUAUAGGCGUUUCUGGGUGGUUAUCUGUCUGUGUUCUUCCUAGAAAAGCAAGCGUCUGAGAGUGUGGUGGUUCGCAUGUUAACGUUAUGAGGUAGGUAUGUCUACCUACCAGAUACCCUCCAACGAGUUAGCGAUAUGUUGUCAUUUGAAAGUAUUAUAUCAUUAGUGG